CCAAUACAACGUGGGCCAAUGAAAGUGAAUGACCAUGAUACAGUGGACCGGACUGGAUGGGUCUUUGCAAAGGGAAUCCAUCAUCAAAUAAAUAUGAUUGCUGGAGUUCACCUUCUUUCUAUUCAUCCUGCACCUAAUUUCAUUCGCAGGUGCUUAAAAUAGUGGACGCCUUCCAGUGGCUGGCCUCGGCAAGUAACUGUUGAUAUGAUAUGAUAUCUUUUCCUUUCUCUCUCAUUCUCCUCUCCGACUCCGAGCACUGGCUAGCAUAAAAGGAGAAGCCUUGGUGCUACCAUUCUACAAGAAAAGGGGAGCUCAGAGGGAGGGAGGGAGGGAGCCAGGCCGCCAUGGACAUGGAGCUGGAGCAUGGAGGGGGCGAAGAUGACAGAGGGAGCGAGUCGUCCAAGGGGAGCUCGAGUGCUUCGUCGGAUGCAACCGUAAGCAGCACAGCGAGCAAGCUGCAAGCUCUGAGACUUGCAGAGGACCUCUCCCUGCCGUCGGUGCAGGUGGUGGUGAUGAGCGCCAACAUGGGGUGCUCGCACUGCCGGCAGCGGGUCGCCAAUGUCGUCUCCAAGAUGAACGCAGGGCUGCUGGAUUACAUGGUGGAUUUCGGGAAGAAGGAGGUGACGGUGAGGGGGAAGGUGGUGCCGGCCAAGAAGAGGAAGAAGCACAAGAACCCGUUCGUGGCGUCGCCACCGCCCGGCCACGCCAGGACGCUGUCCUGGUUUUUGGGAUGCUACGGCACAUAGAUAGCUAGUACACCAGUCUAUACUACCACAUAUAUAGGAGUACUAUGUGUUAUAUAUAGUAUCUACCAUCUUAAUUGUAACCUUUUUUUUCUUUUUUCUCUCUUGUAAUUCUUUCCUUUUUUUUCCUUUUGCUAUUUUUUACUAUAUUCAUCAGAAUAAUAACGUAGUAAUCCUUUUGUAAUGUAUAAUGAGGAUUGAGGCGGCCAUUGUAUGUA